AUGUCCAAGGCCAAAAUUUUGGAACUUCGAGAAAAUCGUGAUAAGGCUUCUUCAAGAAUUUUUCAUUUGUCGGAUGCUGUCAGUCAACUAACCAGUGAGAGUUCAGUUCAUAGCAUUGAAAAAACUAGGAAAGACUCAAAUUUGGACUUAAUUGCUGCAAAAAUUGUAGCAUAUGCCGAUUAUCUAUUGGCCAAAAGUUUGUCAGUUUUUGGUGAAUAUUAUUCUGUACUAAAUGAGAUGGAGCUAUUUACUCGUGGAAUUUAUAUGGGACUCUUAAUUGAGGGCAAUAGAACUGUUUGUGAACGGGUCGACAGUGCUUUAGUGACAUCCUUUUACGGAGUUUUGGAAAACCUUGCUUAUAGUAGAAAGGAUUUUUUUUUUUGCUCUUGUAAAGCUCUAUUAGAAGAUGGUUUUCUGGACUGCGGUGCAGAAGGCGUCAGAGCUAAACGUAUUUCUUCAGCAAACAAAUAUUGUCGAAGUUUGGAAAAUUUUGGCAUUCUUGAUUGGAACGACCACUACUGGUGA